GUUUUUCUUCAGGGUUAUUUUGAGCAUCACCAAAGCUCGGCAACCAAGAAGACGACAGCGAUCUCUAAGGCAGCAGCGCAGCACGCGGAGAGCCAUGGCGGAGAAGGACGAGAAGGUGGGCGUGGGUCUGUCCUCUACGGGGCAGUUCGACCAGAAUAUCUACGGCUCCAGCGACCGCUUCGCCGGUUAUAGCGCGACGGUCACGGAGGAAGGAGAUGAGGAAGAGCAGGAACAGCGUGCGGAAGACCAUCACUCUCGCGCCAAGAAGGCGCAGGCCAACGACGGGCUCAUCGACGACAGCUACGACCCAUUCGCCGAGGCUCGCGAGGCCAAUGGAUCAGGUCUCGUGAACACGCGCAUCGUGGACCGCGAGAACGCGUACCGCAAGCGGCGGUUUGAGCGCAUGCUGUCUCCCGAGCGCGGCGACGCCUUUGGAGACAAGACACCGGCUCGCAGCUACAAGGAGAUCAUGCACACGCAGCAAUUGGAACAGGAACGCGCCGAGGUGGUGCGUAAGAUCCAGCAGAAACGCGAGGAACAGGAGCAGCAACAGAAGCAGCAGGGCCAAGAGCCGCAAGAUGUGGACGCCACACCAAAGAGACGGCGUAAGCGGAUGCGCUGGGAUCAGGAAGCUCCAGAGAAGACAGAUGGAGAGAGCCAAUCCGAGUGGGACACGGCGUCCGAGAGCUCGGCCAGUUCUGUGGCUGCUACACCCACACGAACGGCGUCAAGAUGGGAUGCCACGCCAGUCGCGGGAUCGGUGGGCGCCACACCAGGACGGAAGAACCGCUGGGAUGAAACACCAGUGGCAAGCAGUGGAUCCUCCAAAUGGGACGCCACGCCUGUAAAUUUAGGCGGCGUGACUCCGGCAGGUACAGGGAAGCGCUCGCGGUGGGAUGAGACCCCCGUUUCUGGCCCGAAUGACAUGGCUACACCUGGAAAGAGUGUACAGAUGACACCUGGAGGAUCCAUGGCGGCGGAUAUUAUGAGUGGAACGUUGACGCCCGAACUGGCACAGCGUUUGCGUUGGGAAAGAGAGAUUGAAGAGCGUAACCGACCCAUGACGGACGAGGAGCUGGACGCGCUGUUCCCUGCAACAGGAUACAAGAUUCUUGACCCGCCUGCGUCGUAUGUGCCUAUUCGAACGCCAUCACGGAAGCUGUUGGCUACUCCUACACCGAUGGGACAGACUCCGGGCUUCGCGAUGCAGGCCACUCCCGCGCGUGAAGACUAUGGCGUGCCUGUCGGUACACCGUCGGGUGGCGAUGGUACUAUGCCGUUUAUUAAGCCAGAGGACUACCAGUACUUUGGUAAGCUAAUGGAUGAGGUGGAUGAAGAAAACUUGGACCCCGAGGCUGCCAAGGAGCGGAAGAUUAUGCGCUUGCUACUCAAGAUCAAGAACGGCACACCGCCACAACGUAAAACAGCGCUGCGUCAGCUUACAGAUAAGGCGCGCGAGUUCGGUGCAGGAGCAUUGUUCAACCAGAUCUUGCCAUUGCUUAUGGCUCCCACACUUGAAGACCAAGAGCGCCACUUGCUGGUCAAGGUGAUUGACCGUGUGCUGUAUAAGCUUGAUGACCUUGUUCGUCCUUACGUACACAAGAUCCUAGUGGUGAUUGAGCCCCUACUGAUUGAUGAAGACUAUUAUGCUCGCGUAGAAGGCCGUGAGAUCAUCUCAAACCUUGCGAAGGCUGCUGGACUGGCGACUAUGAUCUCGACCAUGCGCCCAGAUAUCGAUAUUGAUGAUGAAUACGUUCGUAACACGACGGCACGUGCCUUUGCAGUGGUGGCAUCUGCACUGGGUAUUCCGGCCUUGCUGCCUUUCUUGAAGGCCGUUUGUCAGUCGCGAAAGUCAUGGCAAGCUCGACACACUGGUAUUAAGAUCGUACAGCAGGUGGCGAUUCUAAUGGGUUGCGCUGUGUUGCCGCACCUCAAGCAUCUCGUGGAGAUUAUCGAGCACGGUCUUGAAGACGACCAAAAGGUGCGCACGAUCACAGCUCUGGCCCUUGCUGCUCUCGCUGAGGCAGCGCAUCCGUACGGUAUUGAGUCGUUUGAUUCGGUGCUGCGACCGUUGUGGCGCGGAACUAGAAAGCACCACGGCAAGGGUUUGGCGGCGUUUCUGAAGGCUAUUGGCUUCAUUAUCCCUCUCAUGGACGCCCAGUAUGCCAAUUACUACACGGUUGAAGUGAUGGAGAUCUUGAUUCGCGAGUUCCAGUCGCCAGAUGAGGAAAUGAAGAAGAUUGUGCUGAAGGUGGUCAAGCAGUGUGUCUCUACUGAUGGCGUAGAAGCUUCGUACGUCAAAGAAAAGAUUUUGCCAGAGUUUUUCCGUCACUUCUGGGUUCGACGCAUGGCGCUGGACCGACGCAACUACCGUCAGCUCGUGGAGACAACAGUGGAACUCGCAAAUAAUGUUGGUGCUAGCGAGAUUAUCUCUCGCGUGGUGGAUGACCUAAAGGAUGAGAGCGAGCCGUAUCGUCGCAUGGUGAUGGAAGCGAUCCAGAAGAUUAUCUCGAAUUUGGGCGCCACAGACAUUGGAACUGAUCUUGAAGAGAAGCUCAUUGAUGGCAUUCUGUAUGCUUUCCAGGAACAAACGUCCGAUGAUACGUUCGUGAUGCUCAACGGCUUUGGCAUUGUGGUCAAUGCUCUUGGAAUCCGCGCCAAGAACUAUUUGCCGCAGAUUUGUGGUACUAUCAAGUGGCGGCUGAAUAACAAGCCAGCUAAGGUUCGCAUGCAGGCAGCUGACCUGAUCAACCGAAUUGCUGUGGUCAUGAAGACGUGUGACCAGGAACCACUGAUGGGACAUAUGGGUGUUGUUCUGUACGAGUAUCUUGGAGAAGAGUAUCCUGAAGUGCUGGGUAGCAUUCUGGGAGCUCUCAAAGCCAUCGUGAACGUGAUUGGCAUGAGCAAAAUGACCCCACCGAUCAAAGAUCUACUGCCACGACUUACUCCAAUCCUGAAAAAUCGCCAUGAAAAAGUGCAAGAGAAUUGUAUCGACCUCGUUGGACGCAUUGCUGACCGAGGUGCGGACAUGGUAUCAGCUCGAGAGUGGAUGCGUAUCUGUUUCGAACUGCUGGAUAUGCUGAAGGCGCAUAAGAAGGGCAUUCGUCGUGCCGCAGUCAACACAUUCGGAUACAUUGCCAAAGCUAUUGGUCCUCAGGACGUGCUGCAUACAUUGCUGAACAAUUUGAAGGUCCAAGAACGACAGAAUCGUGUGUGUACAACUGUAGCCAUUGCUAUUGUGGCCGAGACGUGUUCGCCGUUCACGGUGGUUCCAGCUCUUAUGAACGAAUACCGCGUACCCGAGUUGAAUGUGCAGAACGGUGUGUUAAAGGCGUUCUCGUUCAUGUUCGAGUACAUUGGCGAAAUGGGCAAGGACUACAUCUACGCGGUGGCUCCACUGCUACAGGACGCGCUGAUGGACCGCGACUUAGUGCAUCGUCAAACGGCCUGCACAACAGUAAAGCAUUUGGCGUUGGGUGUUGCUGGCUUGGGCUGCGAGGAUGCGCUGGUGCACCUGCUCAACUUCGUGUGGCCAAACAUUUUCGAAACGUCUCCGCACGUGAUCAACGCCGUGUUUGAGGCCGUGGAAGGCUGUCGUGUGGCUCUGGGACCGCACGUGAUCCUGCAAUACGUUCUACAAGGUCUCUUCCACCCGGCCCGCCGCGUGCGCGAGGUGUACUGGAAGAUCUACAACUCUCUGUACAUGUAUGCACAGGACGGCCUGACGCCUGCCUACCCGGUGCUGGAGGACGACGGCGUGAACUCGUACAACCGCACCUACCUGGAACUCUGCAUCUAGGCUGCAUUAGCCUAUUCAAGUAAUUUGCCAAACGAAACAAGAUAUCUCCGAUGGCCAGCUGAUCUUCUGGUGGAUGGCAGUGCGAUCCAAGCAGCUUUGUCAUCGUGCAGUAUAGGACCACCAGGAUAAUAUAUUCGCAAGCGUUUGGCUGCUGUAGUUGAGGCCUACUGUUUCAUUUUUUUUUAAAACAUGGCUGCAGUUUAGAAUCCUGGCGUUGACGUUCUAGGUUCUUGACUACAAGUUCCGAA